AUGAGAAAGAAUCAUUUUUCCGUCGCCAACGCCGCAAUCGAUCCCGUUUCUGUCGCUGCCCAACGAUUUGCUGUUAAACUGCGUGGCACGCGUCUCAAGGUUGUACUAUCCGACUCUCUCCCUCGUCUGCAAGAGCUUUCGACCUCUCCUUGCUUCACCGGAGCUUUACAAAGCCCGGUCACUCUUGGGCAACACGGAGAAAUGUCUCUAUGUGUGCAUACGGCACGUAUCUACCAAUUUGCUCAAUGGGGAGACCCUAGCGUCUCGGUUCUGGAUUGCCGGUAUCACACGUGGCGCGAGGCCCCAAGCUUCCCGGUGAAGCUAUUGACACGUCAUGCUACCGUCGUCGACAAAAAGAUAUAUGUAGCAGGACGCUACCAACAUGGCAAUUCCCUUUCCAACUUGUCCUACGUGUUGGACACAGAAACUCAAAUUUGGGAUCCUCUGCCUCCCGUCCCUUGCACCGCCGAUAAUAAUGACGUCUUCGGAACCGCAUGUAUUGACGGAAAGUUCCACGCGGUGGCUAGCUCAGGACUGGACGCUGCUUACAAUUCCAAGCAAGUCAAAUGGGACCGGCUUAGAUCAGAGAUGGGAAAAUAUGUGUACGGUAAUUCUUAUUGCGUGAUAGGGAAUGUUUUGUGUUCUGCUUGCCGUGGAAACUUCAGAUGGUAUGACUAUGAGGCACACGUGUGGAGAGAUUUGAACGGUUUGGUUGGGCUACCAGAAUUGAGUCAUGAGCAUGAGAUUAGAUUGGCUGAUUAUGGUGGAAACAUGGUGGUCUUUUGGAAGCAGUAUCUACACAGUAUGACCAAGAUUUGGUGUGCCGAGGUUUCGCUUGAAAGACGACGCCAAAGCUGUGAAAUUUGGGGGAAAGUUGAGUGGUUAGAUCAUGUGCUCACACUCCCUGUGAAAGCUGAUCUCAUCAAGGUUCUUGCUCUUACUGUCUAA